AUGUCAUUACAACAAAAGAUUGAUGAUAUUAAAUUUGAAUUAUCGAGAACACAAGUCAAUAAAGCUACUAUGCAUCAUAUUUGUAUGAUGAGAGCAAAAAUGGCAAAAUAUCAACGAGAAUUACUUGCACCAGAAAAAAAAGUUGCAGGAGAAGGGUUUGAUGUAGCAAAAUUUGGAGAUGCAAGAGUAGGAAUGGUUGGAUUUCCAUCAGUUGGAAAAUCUACAUUACUUACAGCAAUGACACCUACAGAAUCAAAAAUAGCAGCAUAUGAAUUUACUACAUUAACAUGUGUUCCAGGAGUAAUGGAUUUAAAAGGAUCACAAGUUCAAUUAUUAGAUCUUCCAGGAAUUAUUGAAGGAGCUAAAGAUGGAAAAGGAAGAGGAAAACAAGUAAUUUCAGUUGCUAGAACUUCUGAUUGUAUUCUUUUAAUGAUAGACGGAACUAAAUCAUUAGAAUUAAAAGAUAAAAUUGAAUAUGAAUUAGAAGGAGUUGGAAUUCGAUUAAAUAAAGAACCACCAAGAAUUCGUAUUGUUAAAAAACUUGCUGGAGGAGUAUGUUUUACACCUACAGCAAAACAAAGUGAAUUAACACAAGAAAUUGUUAGAUUAAUAUUAAAAGAAUAUAAAAUAUUAAAUGCAGAUGUUUAUUGUGAUACAGAUUCUUCAGUUCAAGAUUUAAUUGAUGUAAUAGAAGAUAAUUGUAAAUAUAUUCCUUGUAUCUAUGUAAUUAAUAAAAUUGAUGCAAUGGAACCAUCUGAAGUAGAAAAACUUAAAACAAUGCCUUAUUUUUGUUGUAUUUCUGCAGCUCAAGGAAUUGGUUUAGAUAAAUUAAAAGAAAUGAUUUGGGAACAAUUAAAUCUUGUUAGAGUUUAUACAAAAGUUCCUGGUGCUUUUCCUGAUUUUAAAACUCCUAUUGUUCUUCCGGCACGUAAAGCUACUGUAGAAAAUGUUAGUUUUAAAAUUCAUAAACAACUUGCUACUCAAAUGAAAUAUGCAUUAGUUUGGGGAACUUCUGUUAAACAUAGUCCUCAAAGAGUUGGUAAAGAUCAUCAUUUAGAUGAUGAAGAUGUUCUUCAAGUAAUGAAAGUUGGUAAAUGA